CAUAUAUAAUUUCAUGUCGCGGAUUCCUUCUUGCUUUCCUUGCAGUACUUCUUCGUCUUUCUGCAAAGACCUGAUCAUCGUCAUUGUUUGAUUUCAGUCUUGAUUUUGUAAUUGCAACAGUGAGUUGUUGAAGCGUCUGUUUUCAUGGGACUUUGCUGUAGCAAUGGAAUCCAGGCUUCUACUCCUAAUAUAGUAGGAGAUUCAAACAACAUCAGCAGAGAUGGAAAGAAUUUGAGUUGCUCAAGUAGCAAGGUCUCGUCAGCUUCUAUACCCAAAACUCCUCGAAGUGUGAGUGAGAUCUUGCAGGCAGUAAACUUAAAGAACAUUAGCUUCAGUGAGCUGAAGGCUGCCACCAGAAACUUCCGACCUGGUGCACUACAAGAAAGCAGCUCCGAAUUAGUUUUCAAAGGGUGGAUUGAUGAGCAUUCACUUACUGCUACCAAGCCCGGCUCUGGCAUACCGAUUGCUGUGAAGAGCUUAAACCAAGGGCUUGAGAGUCACAUCGAAUGGCUGGCAGAGAUCAACUAUCUUGGGCAAUUGCAGCAUCCGAAUCUUAUUAAGUUGAUCGGUUAUUGCUUUGAGGGUGAUCAUCGACUUUUGGUUUACGAGUUCAUGCCCCGUGGCAGUUUAGAUAAUCAUCUCUUUAGGAGAGUAUCUGAGCCACUUUCGUGGAAUAUUCGCAUAAAAGUGGCUCUUGGUGCUGCAAGGGGGCUUGCAGUUCUUCAUAGUGCUGAAAUAAAAGUCAUACAUCGGAAUUUUAAGAGUUCAAAUAUACUGCUUGAUUCGAACCACAAUGCAAAGCUUUCUGAUUUUGGUUUAGCCAGGGAUGGACCAACUGGGGAUGAGAGUCAUGUAUCUACAAGAGUCAUGGGAACUUAUGGAUAUGCUGCACCAGAGUAUGUAGCCACAGGCCAUUUGAGUACAAAGUGUGAUGUAUACAGCUUUGGAGUUGUACUUCUAGAAUUGUUAUCUGGCCAACGAGUUAUGGACCGGAAUCGGCCAUCGGGACAACAAAAUCUGGUUGAUUGGGCAAAACCUUACUUGACAAACAAACGCAAAGUUUUCCGUGUAUUUGAUGUGCGUUUGGAGGGCCAGUACUCGCUCAGUCGAGCUCGAAAGUUGGCUAACCUUGUGCAUCAAUGCUUAGAUGCACAACCAAAGUUCAGACCAAACAUGGAUGAGGUGGUAAAGGCAUUAGAGCAGCUUCAAGAAUCAAAUAUAGAAGAGAACAAUCCAAUUACUCAAGGGGGCAACAAUGGUGGACAGCUUGCAUGCCCAUGAGCUUCUGCAGUCCCUGCUUCAUGCACGAGCAGGAGUAGGAUAUUCUGAUGUUAAUAUAACGGAGCCCAUAGAUGUGAAACAUCUUCAGGAGUUUAGGCAUGUGGCAGUUAAGAGUAGUGUACUGUUUCUGAUCAAGUGAUUUGCAUGUGUGUAUUAUUUAUGCAUUCAUUUUUGCCACAGAAUGAUGGAGCACAGUUAUUAUCUGGAUUACUGCAAUAUUUUGUACUUGAUACAGUCUAAGAAAAGCAAAGUUUUUAUGCAGGUGAAA